CCGACCAGGUCUUCCGGAUCAGAGCCGAACUGCGCAAAAAGAGGAUGUCGGAGGUCAGCGUGGAGAGAGUGCUCAAUGUGCAGGGUAAGCAGUUCCGGGUGCUGUUCUUGAGCACGGUGCGCACGCGUCACACCUGCAAACACAAGCAGACGGCCAUCAAGAGGAAGGAGCAGCUGGUGGAGGACUCGACUGAAGAUCUGGACUACGGCUUUCUGUCCAACUACAAGCUGCUGAACACCGCCAUCACUCGAGCACAGUCACUGGUGGCCGUGGUGGGAGACCCCAUCGCCCUCUGCUCUGUGGGACGCUGCAGAAAGUUCUGGGAGACCUUCAUCUCUAUCUGCCAUGAGAACCACAGCCUCCACGGCAUCACCUUUGAGCAGAUUAAGGUCCAGCUGGAGGCCCUGGAGCUGAAGAAGACGUAUGUGCUCAACCCGCUGGCCCCAGAGUUCAUCCCUCGGGCCCUGCGCUCGCAGCAUCCGCCGCAACAGGGCCCUGGAAAACACCAGCACUCCCCACCAAAGGCUAAAGGACAGCUGGCCAAUCACACGGAGCCCUUCCCCCCUGAAGGUUUCGUUCAGCCCAAUGCUGCGGUGUUGAUGGGAAACCCAAUCCAGGCCUUUACUCCACCGGGUGCAGGAGCGCCAGCUUCUGGAAAAUCACCGAGUCCCGUUCAGAGACUCGACCCCGGGGCCAGCAUCCUAUAUGUGCCUGCAGUUUAUGGGGGAAAUAUGGUGAUGCCCAUGCCUCUUCCGUUGCCCUGGGCUGGUUAUCAGAGCCGUUUUGCGAUGGAUCCUCGCUUUAUGAGCCACCAGGCGGCCAUGUACAACUUGAACCUGCGUCCUGCAGCCAGUCGCACCUCACCUGUGCUGUACGGAUUCAGUCACGCAUCACCUUUAGGCCUCAACCAGCAGCAAAAUACAGAGAAAGAGCUGCUUCAAGAGCCCAGCGGGAACGGGAAAAUGGACAUUAAUGGGAAAGCCGAGCAUUGUCGACUGCUGACGCCUGAGAGAAAAGCCCCUGAACUGAAGGAAAAACAGGGGGAUCCAGAAUCGGUCCAAAACAAGAGUCCAGAGCCCCAGUCCAGCAUGGGCUUCCCUACAAACCGCCUCAUACGCAAAGACCCCCAGAGAGCCCUCAAUUUCCACCUCGGACCCCCACAUCCUGGAUUCCCCUCUCAUCAUGGGAACAGCCAGUUCCCGCAGCAGUACGGCCUGUCCCGACCCCCUCUCCGCAUGCAGACGCCCAUGCAUCCGCAGGCCUCCUCCUUUCCUCCGUCGUUUUUCAGCGGGCCGCCGAUGGGACCCCGCGGACUGCAGUCUCCGGUGCUGGAAGGCGGAGAGGACCCGAUGGGGGCCGGGAUGUCUGAGGAUCUGAAGGGUGUGGUUCGGGGUCUGCCUGCACAGAUGCACCAGCAGCCGCUCCGACUCAACAGCUUCGGGGAGGAGAGCUUGGACUCGCUGUUGGGCGACACUUUAGAUGGUCAGCCGUCGUCAGGAAUGGAGGCUCUUCAGCAUCAGCAGCAGGCUCGUGUGGGCCAGUGGGGGGAGCACGCACCCUUCCUGCCGGCCGGUGUUGCCCCGUUCCCGCUGCCGCAGCAGCUGGCUCAUCUGGGACCACAUGGACUGCGCAUCCCUCAGCAGAUCCUGAGAGCCGGAUGGGGCCUGGGGCCAGCAGCAGACGAGGAGCCCAGACCUACCAUGCCCAGGUAUCCGGGUCUGCUGCGUGAGAUGCUCCCACAGGACCAGCAAUAUGAGCAGCGGGACCCUGCAGAAAUGCCUCCUCCUCAGUCUCGUCUCCUUCAGUACCGUCAGCAGAUCCAGCCUCGGAGCCCUGGAGACCUGCCGUCCCCCUCGUCCUCAGCCCCAAACCACAGCUUCCCCGCCCCGACUCAGCCCUCGUACCCCGACACCAGCCGAGAACCGCCUGUGGGCUUCAGUCAGGCUCCGUUCCCGCCGGAUCACAGCGCGGGGCCACUUCCAGUAAAAUACCUGCUCCAGGAGGCCCACUGGCCCCAUCCCGCACACAUGCUGGGGCAUGGGUUGCCCUUCGGCAUGCAGGCGAUGGCACAGCGGCAGGAUCCAGGGCCGCUGCAGCACCAGCAGCAGAAACAGCAGCUCCAGGCCCCGCAGAGCUCCCUGCACAGCCUAGAAGAGUAUGAACCGCGGGGUCCGGGCCGGCCCCUGUACCAGCGCAGGAUCUCCUCCAGCUCCCCUCAGCCGUAUCCGGACAGCCUGGAGCCCCAGGACCAGCCGGUGCCCUCCUACAGAUACCCCUCAGCAGACCUGUGGCUGGGCGGCCCCGGCCCUGUCCCGGGUCCCGCUCCAAUACACAACAUUCCAUGCAACGGAGCCAGUCACAUCGGCCCCCACCGCGAGAUUUUAGUUUCGAAGGCGAUGAGUGAAGAACAGAUGAAGGCAGAGUGUCUCCAGCCUCCUCCUCCUCCUCCUCCUCCUCAUCCGGCCAGCACAGCGUCUCUCCAGCAUCACGGACAGUUCCCGCCGCUCCUGCCCAGCAAGCAGACGCCGCCAGACCCUGGCGGAGGAGGAAACACCAGCCCCGCGGGACACCCUAAACCCCCCACCAUGUCCUACGCCAGUGCCCUGCGCGCGCCGCCCAAACCGCGGCCGCUGCUACCCGAGCAGGGCAAGAAGAACAGCGACCCCAUCUCGCUCUUACAGGAGCUUAGCAUAGGCAGUUCAAACAGUAGCAAUGGCUAUUACACCUAUUUUAAAUAAGUCCAUAUCUAUAUGAACUAUAUACAACAGUUUAAAAACAAAUAGAAUAACCAUUUAAAAACAAAAAAAGAACAAAAAAAACGUUGAAGAAAAAAAUAGAAUAUCGAUUUUUAAAAAAAGAAAACCGUUGGAAAAAAAUAGAAUAAAAUUUGAAAAAAAAAUUAUAAAAAACGUUGGAAAAAAUAGAAUAAAAUAAAAAUAAAUUAAAAAAACGUUGGAAAAAAAUAGAAUAAAAUUUGAAAAAAUAUAUAAAUAAAAUAAAAUUUGAAAAAAAAAAAAAAAACGGAAAAAAAUGUAAUAAAAAUUGGGGGAAAAAACGUUGUAAAAAAAAUAGAAUAACGAUUUGAAAAAAAAAAACGGAAAGAAAUUUGAAUAAAAUUUUAAGAAAAAAUUUUAUUGGGGAUAAAAAAUGAUUAGAAAAAAAUGUUAAAAUUUGAAAAAGAAAGUUGAAAAAAAUUUUAAUAAAAUUUGAAAAAAAAGAAAAUGUUGUGAAAAAAAUUUAAUAAUUAAAAAAAACAAAAAAAAACGUCUUUUGAUUUUGUGGGAUAGUUAGACUUUUUUGCGUUUUAUUAUUUUUUACUUGCUUUAGUACUCUAGUUGGUUCUUUUACAGUUUGGCAUCUGUGAUUUUACAAAAAAACGAAUCAGCAUAUAAAUAUAUAUAUAUAAAUAAAUAAAUAUAUAUCAUGAAACACCAAAACAUUUGGGGAAAACACACACACACACACACACACACACACACACACACACACACAAACAAAUUUAUGAAAUAAAGAAAAAAAAAAGAUUUUUUUAAAAACACCACCAUGAAUGGGUUGAGCACUCAGCUGCCUGUCUAUUUUGUAAUUAUUAUAAUUAUUAUUAUAUGUCCUGCUCUUUUUGCAUCCACGAUUCAGAAGUUAGAAAAUAAAUUUGUUGAAGUGAUUAUAUUUUUUUUUCCCAGCUGGCAUUUUUUUAAUGAUGUUCAGUUUCUUGGUGUGUUUUUUUCUUCUCGUGCUCGCAGCUGAGUGGUCAGUCGACUUGGAUUAAAAACAAAAAAUAUUAUAAAAAGUUGUAUAGCUGUAGACAAGACUUUUCUCAAACUUGUACAUAUGAAUAAAUGAAUACAUGAGAUGA